CGCCGCCGCGCAGCCACAUCCGCCGGCGGCGGGAAGGGGCCGGCGCCGGGCCCGCUGCUGGCGCCGCUCUCCGUUCCCCGUCUGUCAGCCCGGGGCCGCGGGCCCCGCCGCCGGGCGCACGAUGCCGCUGGGGCUGAAGCCCACCUGCAGCGUGUGCCGCAGCACGUCCUCCUCCAUGUGGAAGAAGGGCGGGCAGGGGGAGAUCCUGUGCAACAACUGCACGGCCCGCUCCGCGCCGCCCGGGCCCGCCGCCUUCGCCACCACCUCGGCCGCCGCCCAGCACAGCAACGGCGGCGGCGGCAAGCAGAGCAAGCAGGAGAUCCACCGGCGGUCAGCGCGGCUGCGGAACACCAAGUACAAGUCGGCGCCCGCCGCGGAGAAGAAGGUUUCCACGAAGGGCAAGGGCAGGAGGCACAUCUUUAAGCUGAAAAACCCCAUCAAGGCUCCCGAGUCUGUCUCCACGAUAGUUACAGCAGAAUCAAUCUUCUAUAAGGGUGUGUACUACCAGAUUGGAGAUGUUGUUUCAGUGGUUGAUGAGCAGGAUGGCAAAACCUACUAUGCUCAGAUCCGUGGCUUCAUCCAGGACCAGUACUGUGAGAAGAGUGCUGCACUCACCUGGCUGCUUCCCACACAGGCCAGCCCCAAGGACUGCUUUGACCCAGCUUCCUAUAUCAUAGGGCCAGAGGAAGAUCUCCCAAGGAAAAUGGAGUAUUUGGAGUUUGUUUGCCACGCGCCCUCGGAAUACUUCAAAUCUCGCUCCUCUCCCUUCCCCACAGUUCCCAGCAGGCCAGAGAAGGGCUACAUCUGGACUCACGUGGGCCCUACUCCUGCCAUCUCCAUCAAAGAGACUGUUACCAAUAACCUAUGAGGGUUAAAGGAGUACUUUGGACAAACUCCCCUGAGUGGAUUCUCAGUCUUUGCAGUUAAUAAACCCCAAACAACUACAGUAGCUCCCUUUGCUAAGGGACCUGAGAAGACCUUUGUUGGAUCAACCCACACAGAUCAGUCCAGGUCCUGUAUGUCAAGGGAUGAAUGAACUCAACACAGCUGAGCUGGUGCAGUUCCUGCAGGUAGGAAGAGAGCAGGUUGGAAUUUGGGCUUCCUGGGGUGGAAGACCUUUUUCCACAAGAGUGCCAUACAGCAGUGUUCCUUUUCAACACUAAUACACUACUUAGCACUGCAGUGUAGUGCACUAAUGAAAGGAGUCUUAAAUGUGAAGGUAGACUCCUGGGAUUGGUUUGGUUGGAAGACAUGUCAUAGAGAGCUGAGUUCAACCUUCAACCCAGGCCCAGCAUGGCCAUUAAACCCUCUCCCAAAGUGCUGUGCCCACGCUUUGUUGAGCACCUAAUUUCAUUACAGUGAUUCCAUGGAUGGGCUUUGGUAUAACCAUGAGCUGCCCCUGGCUGCUCCUUUCAGCUUUCAGAU